UUCCAAAUCUCAUCUAAGGGAUUCCCAUUUGAGCUUAAAAAGUCUUAAACUACUCCUUCAGUACUGCACCAAAACCCUUUGAACAUGUCUCUCAAAUCAACUUUCCCAUCUUCUACACAUAUAUACAACAUAAAUACAUAAUCUAAAUCUACCAAUGUUACAUAGCACAGAAAAAGUAAGCAUGUCAAGGCCUUCAAAUUUUCAACAAAAGAAGAAGCUUGAUCAUCAUGAGAAGCUAACAAGGCAAUUGUCCAAUUUCUCAUCAUCAAAUGAAGCUUACCAUGGAGGCAAAUCUGCAUCUAUUCCUUUCACAUGGGAAUCUCAACCAGGCACUCCUAAGGUCAGAUUCCAAGAUAAUUAUCUUCCUCCUCUCACCCCACCACCAUCUUACUUCCAAAAUGCUACCAAAAACCCCAUAACCAAGUCCAAGAAGAACCCAAAAGCUAGUUUUUUGCAAACUAUGUUCUCCAAGCGUUCAACAAGAAAAGGUUGUCCUCCUCAACCGCCUGGACCUUCAUCUUUUCAGUCCUAUUCUUCCUCUUCUUCGUCAUCAUCUUUGUCAUCAUCGUCACCUCGGCCAACAUCGUAUUCGGUGCCAUCUUCUCCGAUGGUACACUCAAGGACAUCGUUUUCGGUGCCGUCUUCUCCAAUGGUACACUGGAGGAAGGGUGAAGAAGAAGAAGAUCUGUAUGAAGUGAGUGAUUCGAAUAUGAGCUCCGGCGGCAAUGCCAGGUCAAGAGGGCGCUACUCAUCCAUGUUCAAGAAGGUACUUCUUGGAGAUUUUCGGUGAUGUGUAGAAGCUAUAUUGAUUAUAUUUUUGCUCUUAUGAUUUUUGUUCACAAAAGAGCUUCUAGUUGGAAGAGAAAAUUGUACAUGCCAAACCGAUUGUUAAAGUAAUGAAAUGCAUCAAAUGAUCAAAUCUUGUAAUUUCA